CGAUACGUUCAUCAAAAUUAUAUUAAGGAUAAUAAAUUCUAGGAAGUAAUGUAAUGUUAAUGCAAAAUUAGAUUACAACAAUUUGUGGCGACACCGUUUUUGAAACUAUAUGCUGAUAUAUGCCGCUUAAUACCAUUUCCACUAGUUUGUUUGUAUUCCGUCGUGAUACAGGUGUGAUAAACGGUUUCCUUACUUAAGAUUGUCGAAUUUACCAAAGCACGCGGUAGGUGGUACUUAUAAAUACGUACGAACACCGCUCCUGUCGAGAUUGCCCGUCGAAACUUCACCGAGCGAGGCGACCUAGCGCACGCGCACACGUCUUGUGUUAAAAAAAUCACGUUUAAAAUCAGUAAUCAAAAUUACAAAUUCCCAACAGUGAAAGAAACUACCGCAAGAAGACUUGCCAUGAACAACGCCGAAUUAUACGAGAAAAACAAUACCCUGCAGAAAAGAGAUGCUUUACAAUGCCUUCAAGAAUAUGAAAAGAAAAUUAAAUGGAAAAACUUUGACACCAUCAUCGACAUAGGUUGCGGCGAUGGCGGCGUGACGACAGAAGUCCUAAAAAAAUUUAUUCCCUCUAACUACAAAAAAGUAAUCGGUGUGGAUAUUAGCGAGAAAAUGGUACAGUUUGCAAAUGAACAUCACGGUGACAAGAGAACCGUCUUCAGAGUGAUGGAUGUAGAGAACACACUGCCAAAAGACUUCAGAGAGACCUUCGAUCAUGCAUUUUCAUUUUACACACUGCAUUGGAUACGUGAUCAAGAGCGUGCGCUAUCCAACAUCUACGAGCUGCUGACAGACGGCGGGGACUGUCUGCUCAUCUUCUUAGGGCAUAUGCCAGUGUUUGACAUCUUCCGGCAACUAUCUCGAUGCAGCAAGUGGCAUCCUUGGCUAAAAAAUGUCGACCGCUUUAUUUCGCCAUACCACCAUUCACAGGACCCCGAGAAGGACGUGCGGAGAACAAUGGCUAAAAUAGGAUACCGUGAUAUCGAUGUGCAAUGCAAACGUAUGCUGUGCACUUACAAAACACCGGAGGAAUGUAAAAAAGCUGUUGCCGCAGUAAACCCAUUCAAGGUCCCCAAAGAGCUGGAGGAUGAGUUUUUAGAAGAUUAUAUGGAUAUAGUUGUAGAUAUGAGAUUUGUUGACGAGGUGAAUAAUAAUAUUAACCAUUCAGUGCACGUAAGUGCUGGAUACACUCUCAUUGUAGCUUUUGCUAGAAAAUAACAACGAUAAUCUCAGUAUUACCAUCUUACAUAUUGAAAUCAAAAAAUGUUCUACUAGAAAUAUUUAUUUGGAAGCCUCCUCCUUUUGGCUCAAAGAUGUUACUGAAAACAAAAUUGUUUACUUCUAAAACAAAAAAAUGGCAGCGUAACGUAUACAAGUGCCUACAGAUUUGCUCGACAUUGUCGACCGUUAAUAUCGAUCGACAUUGUCAGGCUGAAAAAUUUACUUGAUUUAUUUAUACUACGUUACUUUCCAUAAAAAAGCUCCAAUAUUUAGUUUUUACUAAACCUAUCGCUUUCUUAACCCGUCGAGUAUUAUGGCUUACUUUUUCACUGAUUGUAUCGCCAUUGGACAACAACUA